AUGUGCGAGCUGAAUGUCUUUGGCGGGGAGCCAAUCGUCAUCCCUGAUGAUAUUGCGGGCAGUCUCGACAUAAGCGUCAUUUUCGUAUUGGAAAAGAUGACCCCAACUGAGCUACGCAAGAUCCGAUCGGAAUUCUUCAGCGGUGUGACCGAUGAGCAGUUCGUGUGGGUUGAUGUGUCACAUUGA